CAUGAAAGGUGUUUCGGGAAUCGAGUCGAUUUGUUUAUCAAUGUUGGUCGUGGCGUGGGAAAGCUUGUCCUUAUAUUCUUCACUAUUUUAGAGUUUYCUAACUUCAAUUCUUUUGUCAAACUGAUCUAUACUGAUAAAUUUUGGUUGUUUUUUCCGUCCAAAAUCCCAAACUCAGCUGUUUUUGUAAAGUUAUGGAAAACACCGAAGCAUUUUAUGGAGAGUUGAAAGACUAGGGGACCAAACACACCAACUUCGAUUAGAAAGAUCAUUUGUCUUGUUUGCAGAGCAAAAACGUUAACUAAAACAUGGAUUCGAGAAAGAACUUUUUUCCUCUUAAAGAUGUCAAGUCCGUGGUUGAAUACUUCAAAGAAGAAUUAAAAAAAGAGCAGCCAAAUCUGGCCCAGUUGUCCCUGAUCCUUGGGUUCUUUGAAGGCGCCAAUACCUGCAAGGGAGGUACGAGUAAUCCAGAUACUUGUCCGACUUUAGAUGAAGAAACUUUUGAUGCCCUCUACUGCAAGUUCAUGGCUCUACUGCAGCAGGACUUCUCGUUCAAUGCAGAAAAUAAGCCUGCUACGAGAGAGCUAGUAAAGAGUGUAGCAGAUCUUGUGUGGGGUUGCCUGGCUAAAUCCUAUUUCAAAGAYAGACCUCAUAUCCAAAACUUAUACAGUUUUUUGACUGGGAAUCGGCUGGAUUGUUUUGGUGUAGCUUUUACAGUUGUUGCCAUGUGCCAAGCUCUUGGCUAUAACGAUGUUCACUUGUGCUUAUCUGAGGACCACGCCUGGGUAUGUUUUGGUAAAGAUGGUUCCGAGACUGCUGAAGUGACAUGGCAUGGUAAAGGAAAUGAAGACAAGCGAGGCAAACCUGUAGAAAUCACAAAUGAAAAUGGUAGCAGUUGGUUGUAUUUGAAUGGGUAUGCUGUCCAAUGUACAAGGUAUACUGAAGUAGCCUCUAUUGUAUCAUCCAUCAACGCAGGRAUCAAUCCGAAUACGGAUAGUAUUGAACUGGCAAAGCUGCAACAGGAACUACUCUGGGUUCUGUAUGACUUGGGACACUUAAAGAGGUACCCAAUGGCACUUGCAAAUCUUGCUGACUUGGAAGAAAUUUCUCCUUCUCCUGAACGUCCACCUUGCAAGCAGAUUUUUGAGAAAGCCAUAUCCGUGGCCAAAGAGUUUUAUAACGACCAACAUAUUUACCCAUAUACUUACCUUGGUGGCUACUAUAAUCGCAAGAAACAGUACUAUGAAGCUAUGAGGUGCUGGGUGGAUGCUGCUCAUGUUGCUGGAAAGUAUAACUACUCCAAAGAAGAUGAAGAAAUGUUCAAGGAAUUUUAUGAAAUUGCAAAUGAUUUGAUCCCAAACAUUCUGAAGAGUGAUUCUGAUAAACAAGAUGUAACAAAGGACCCCCUCUUCUUYUCACUCAUGCUCCAAUUUUAUGAUGGAAUUUGUCUUUGGGAAGAAGGUAGCCAAACUCCGGUCAUACAUGCAGACUGGGCAAAGAAACUUGUCCAGUCUAUUGGCAAGUUUUCUCCUGAAUGUAGAUCAACCUUUUCUGCUGAAAAAGAAGAGAAAAGUGAAACAAGCRACAAUGGAGAUUCAACGUCUAGUGUAGAGAAAGAAAAGCCUGCAAAACCAGAAGUUUCUCUUGUUUUCAAGAGUGCGAAGAUGAAGGACUUGCAUAAAUUAAUAACAUCAAGUGGAAAAUUAAACACCAGUGCAAUCAAACUCCAACUUACUGCUCAGUCCCAAGUUAGCAUUCCUAAGAGCCGCCGUAGGUCCUCAAUGAAAGCUGAUGUUUACCUCUACGAUUAUGAUGAUCAAAUCAAGGAAGAAGGGGGAGGAGAAGAUGAGGAUGAUGAUGCCUUUUUGCGGAAAAAGAAACGCCGGGUUAAAAAGGAUGCCGACCGAAAUUGGAAUGCUACUUUGUUCUAGUGUGGUUUGUGUUUGUCAGUUAAGAAACAUUGGCCCAUUUCUGAAUUGUUCUGUAAAGCUCUAUAGAAGCAUGGACCUUAACAAGACCAUCGAGUAAAGAUCAAAGCCUUGUUGGGUAAAAGAGGCAUGGCUCUUGUGCACAAGAUGAGAGGAAGGCAGAGGAAGGCAAGGMAGAAAGUAGAAAAGAGACAUCAGUAAGACAUCUACCAAAAUCUGCCAAAUUUAAAGAAGAUCACUUCUGCUCCACUUUUUCCUCUGCCCUAUACUUGCCAUUACMGAUAGAUAAUUCAAAAUGUCCAGAUGAACUUGGUAGCUUCAUUCCCAGCAUGUUUUAGUUAUAUAGUUAAUAUAUGUUAUACAUUUUAACUUCUUUAAGUUUCUAUAGUUUAUAUUUGCAGUUCASAUGACUGUAGUUUAUUUGUGUAAUUUAAAACAUUCAAAGUACUUCAUCCAGCUGUUAAAUCUAUAUAUUUUGAUAAAAUAAGAUCACAAAAAUGUAAAAAUCUCAUACGACUUAAAAGUUCAUUUAGAUAUGAAUGUUAGUUUUUAAAAAAGUGGUUGAGAAAUAGACAACUUUAAUAUAAUGACCUGCUUAUCAGAAAAACAAUUUGCAGCCUUGGUUUCUCUGACCAGUGUUUAUGCAUGAAAUAGACAACCAAUAGGAAGAGUACUAACAGACUGACAAUAAAAAUGUAUUCAUUUAUUCAUACGUCAAAUUAUAUUCAUCUACUUUUUGUGAUGUCAAAAAUAAUAUAUUGGUGUGAACUGACAUUUUAUUUGAUAUGGUCUGCACUUUGUCUCGUACUCUAUUGUGUAUUUUAUUAUUUUAUUAUUCUGGUAUUUUAGUAGGCUGCUGUAGGAAAUAUAUGGGUGUUUUGUAAUAGUAUUAAUUAGUGUAGAGGUGCCAUAUGUUGACAGGAACUCGAGAGCUUUUUAUAAAACAUAAGGCCUGAAGCAAGUCUGUUUCCAGCUAUGUUUACCAUUUGUAAGUCAUCCAAUAUCAYGUCAAGCAAGAAAGGGAAAAUGAUAAAGUUACAGCCCUACGUGCAGCCAUAUUUGUCCCAUUGAAUCACAAGUCAGUUAACAUUGACUAUUAAAGGGCAUUUACUUCAUGUACUGAACAGAUACUUGGGAUACUAUAAGAAAUGCUUUUAAGACAAUUUCUUAAUUCCUUUAAUUCUACGCAGUAAGUUCUGGGUGAAUUCUGAGUGCCUACUUUCAGUAGUUAAAACCUGCAAUCAGUCAGCUAUGCRAUAUGUGGAUAACUGAAAUAUGAGCUACUAUUGUUUUUUCUUGGGUAGUUUUUAGGUAGUAAUGAUAAUCAAUAAAAUAUGGAUAUUUUUAAGAA